UUAAACAUACGUUAUUAUUCUGCUCAUACUUCAAAAAAAAUUCUCAUAUCUCUUGUUUACUCAGUUAGUCUCUCGGUCUAGGCAAAUCGAUGGCUUCAGAUUCGGGGCAUGAGUUGAAGCUCAUAUCACUCCUUUCUCAACUAGUCUCUCUCGAAGAUUCGGGUCCGGAGGUCAUCAUAUUAGUUAUAACUCAAAUAAUCUCUCUGGUCAGCUCAAUGGGUAUGGAUUCGCAGCCGAAGCCGGAGUCAGAGCUCAUGUCACUCAUCACUCAGUCAGUCUCCAUCUUCAACUCUAUGGAUUUGGAUUUGCAGCCGGAUCCGCUAAGGAAGCUCAUAUCAUUCAUUUCUCAAAAUCUCGGUUCGGAGCAGAAGAUGGUCGUCCAUGAUUCAGAGUUGAUGACAAUGGCUGGACAAAAUUUGGCUCUCAAGCCGGAGCCCGAGCUUGAAUCACUCAUCCAUCAAAUAUUUUCCCUCGUCAUAUCUAUGUAUUCAAAGUCCACGAAGUUUAUUUCCUUAUGCCCUCAAAUACAAGUAAGAUUUGAAAAUGGAAAGUUUCAUCAUGUGAUUGAACAAGUCUCGUGCAACAGCAAUGACAAGUGGAACUGUCUGCCUUUAAACUGGGACAAAUUCAGGCUAGUUGGAGAAGAUGCUACCCUUUUUUUCUGCCGUGGGUGCAAUGGUGAGAACCAUAAAGAGUAUGCCAAGGCUUCUUUUGAGAUCAAACACAAUCUUCAUCCAAAACAUUCUCUUCAGCUUGUCUUGUCGCAUCACUAUGGCAGGACGAGGGAAUGUUAUUGUUGUGAUGAAUAUCUCAACGAGCUAUUUUAUUAUUGCUCGGCUUGCGAUUUGGCUAUUAAUCUUGCUUGUGUGGAGAAGCCACCAGUCUUAUCUAUAGACCAUCCAAAGUGGCAUGAGCAUACACUUGCUUUGUUUCCAAGAUACACUUCCUUAACUUGUGACAUCUGCGCCUUGGCUGAUUCAAACAGUCCUUUCUAUCUAUGCUCACCUUGUGGCUUUGCGAUCCAUCAAAAAUGUACCAGCUUACCACAUGUCAUAAGGAUAUCACGCCAUCAUCAUCGUAUCUCUUUUACUCACUCUUUUCACCAAGGAGAUUGGUCUUGUGGCGUUUGUCGCAGAAAGAUGGACAAUGACUAUGGGGGUUAUUCUUGCACUAAAGAAGAUUGUCUGUUUGCGGCUCACUCAAAAUGUGCUACGCAGAGAAAUGUGUGGGAUAGUGUCGAACUUGAGGGAGAGCUAGACGAAGAAGAGAAACAAGUUGAGGCGCCGUUUGAGAGGAUAUGCGAUGGAAUCAUCCAACAUUUCAUUCAUCAACAUCACCAUUUGAAACUUGAUUGCAACACGUAUACAGAUUACGACAAGAAUAUGAUUUGCCAAGCAUGCGUCAGGCCAACCUUUUCUGGUAAUAUAUACUCUUGUUUGGAAUGUGAUCAUUUCCUUCUCCACGUAGCAUGUGCAAAUCUUUCUCGCAAUAGACAUCACCCGAUACAUCCACAUCUGCUCACUCUAGUGAUAGGAUACGAUAGUGUUAUAAACCCAACAAAACCGUGUUCAGCUUGUCCUUGGUCGUAUACAGCUGGUUACUUCUAUCAGUGCAGUGAAGAAGAAUGUGAUUUCCGGCUACAUGUGCAGUGCGCUAUAAUGUCUGAGCCAUUAUUCUAUGACAGUCAUAUGCAUCCAUUAUUCCUUACAUCCAAACCAGAAGAGGAAAGAAUUUGUUCGGUUUGUAAAGAGUCCGGACAUUGUUCCACGAAUGAAACAUUCAACUGCAUUGACUGUGACUUUACUUUGUGUUUCAAGUGUGCAACUGUACCUCAAAGAGCAAUUAAUAUGUAUGAUAAGCACGUUCUCAUUUAUGAGAAGGAGAUAAGUGGCGGGAUCACUCAUUGGUGUGAAGAAUGUGAGAGAAAAAUAGAGCAGGGCGUAAGAUUUUAUAUUUGCUAUGAGUGUUGUGUUUCCGUACAUGCCGGAUGCAUGCUUGGGGUGGACUUAUACACGAUGCCUGGUUCAUCAUGAUUGUACUACGGUACCAAGGUAGAUGUUUUACCUCCAAUACUUUCAUACGUCUCUCAACCUAUUUGCUCUUAAGAAGCAUU